AUGUCCACUUCCUUACUCGAAGAACUUGCCUCAAACAACACAAGUGUUGGUGCGACCUCAUGUACCUCAGCCGAUCGGUUGAUGAAGAAAGCUGAAAAUGUACUCUCCAAGAAACUUCAUUUUGGAAAUCGGAAUAAGGACGCUCAAAAGUAUUUUGAUCAAGCAGCGGAGAUUUACAUGCAGAGUAACAUGUAUUCGAUGGCAGGAGAGGCCUAUAUGAAAUCGGGUGAGUGUUUUGAAGCGAUGGGAGAGCCCUCACGGGCAGCAAAUACCUUCUCCAUUGCCAGUGAAGCCUUCAUGCAAGAUGCCAUGUUUGAUCACUCAAAAGAUACGUUUGAGAAAUCACUCCAUGCUUUGCAACGAGCAAGUGCCUUGUACAACGAGAACGGUCAGACAGCACAAGCUGCCCGCAAAGAAAAAGCCAUUGCAGAGAAAUUGAGCGAGGAAUCGAUUGUAGAUAUUGAUAUUUUGCAUUUGGCGAUUGAGGCUUAUCGAAGAGCCGUCGAGUUGUUUGAAUUUCAACAAGCGUAUGCCACAGUCAAUGCGUGCUUGGAACAAAUUGGUUAUUUGUAUGUGAGAGUGAAUGAUUAUUUGGAAUCAAGCAAAGUAUGGGAAGAAAUUUUGAAUUCAGAAUGGAACAGAGGUAACUCCACAACGGGACAAGCAUCGUUGGUACGACACUUGGAAACAAAAUACAUGUUUUACUGCUUAUUGACAAGAUUGGCAGGCAUGAAGGACGACUAUGAUGACGAUGAUUUGGAUUUGUACUGGAUGGAACUGGAAAAUUUUGAACAGAGAGGUCAAAGCUUUGGAAAUAGUAGAGAGUUUGAAUUGUUGGUCGGGGUCUACAAGUCUUUCAAGGAACGAGAUUUGAAAGUCUUCUUACGUGUUGUGAAAAAGACACUUGAGGUGGCCAAACUCGAUGAAUGGUCGAAGCAAAUUCUCUUGUACAUUAGAAAAAAGCUUGAGAACGCAAUUCGAGGUUCGAGUGUGGCAGAGGACGAGGAUGGAGAGCUGGAUUUGACCUGA